GGUGCUUUCUGUUCCUAUGCCUUUCAGCAGACUCAUCUGCUUCUGUCAUUAUACAGAUGAUCCUAAAGUACAUCAUGACUCACACCAACUUCACCAUCUUCCACCCUGCAGUUUUUGUCCUUUUGGGCAUCCCUGGGUUGGAAGCUUAUCAUGUUUGCCUGUCAAUACCCUUGUGCCUCAUGUAUAUCACUGCAGUUCUGGGCAACAGUAUCCUGAUAAUGGUCAUCAUCACAGAACGUAACCUUCAUGAGCCCAUGUACUUCUUCCUCUCCAUGCUGGCCAUCACGGACAUCCUGCUGUCCACCACUACUGUCCCCAAGGCCCUAGCCAUCUUUUGGCUCCAUGCUCAUGACAUUGCCUUUGAUGCCUGUGUCACCCAAGUUUUCUUUGUCCACAUGAUGUUUGUGGGGGAGUCAGCCAUCCUAUUAGCUAUGGCCUUUGACCGGUUUGUGGCCAUCUGUAUCCCCCUGCAUUACAAGACAAUGCUAACAUGGCCUGUGGUGGGAAGGAUUGCUGUGGCCAUUGUCACCCGAAGUUUCUGUAUCAUCUUCCCGGUGAUCUUCUUGUUGAAUCGACUGCCUUUCUGCCGGACCAAUAUCAUCCCCCACUCCUAUUGUGAGCAUAUUGGAGUGGCCCGCUUGGCCUGUGCUGACAUCACCGUUAACAUCUGGUACGGCUUCUCAGUGCCCAUUGUCAUGGUCAUCUUGGACGUGAUCCUCAUCGCGGUGUCGUACUCACUGAUCCUCCGAGCAGUGUUUCGUUUGCCCUCCCAGGACGCUCGGCACAAGGCCCUCAGCACCUGUGGUUCCCACCUCUGUGUCAUCCUCAUGUUUUAUGUCCCCUCCUUCUUUACAUUAUUGACCCAUCGCUUUGGACAUAACAUACCUCGGCAUGUCCAUAUCCUGCUAGCCAAUCUUUAUGUGGUGGUGCCACCAACGCUCAACCCCAUCGUCUAUGGCGUAAAGACUAAGCAGAUCCGGGACGGGGUGGUCCACCGGUUCUUUGAUAUUAUGGCUUGGUGCUCUGCUUCCUCUCUGGGCUAA